GUUUGAGUUAAAUCAAAGUUCAGCAUUAAUCUGUCAACAACGGUGUUAGCAACAGUGUUAGAAGAACCGACCAAGUGCAAAAACGACAGCGGGCAAAUCACAGAAAAUGUUUAAAAACACAUUUCAGAGUGGAUUUUUGUCAAUACUAUACAGCAUUGGAAGCAAACCUCUUCAGAUAUGGGAUAAGAAGGUAAUAAAUGGGCACAUCGAGAGAAUCACAGACGAUGACAUUCACUCGCUGGUGUUGGCAGUUGAAGGGACGAACGUCAGCACCACCUACAUAACAUGUCCUGCAGACCCAAAAAAGACAUUGGGCAUCAAACUUCCUUUUCUGGUGAUGAUCAUCAAGAACCUUAAGAAGUAUUUCACCUUUGAAGUGCAGGUGGGGAAGGCUCCUGCUCUCUGUGUCCCGUCUUGUUGUCAUGGUGGCUCGGGCAGACAGCCAGGCCUUGUUUCUGCUGUGUUAGAUGAUAAAAAUAUUCGGCGACGUUUUCGGGUAAGUAACUAUCAGAACACGACGCGGGUGAAUCCUUUCAUCUGCACCAUGCCCAUAAGGCUGGAUGACGGCUGGAGCCAGAUCCAGUUCAACCUGUCCGACUUCACCAGGAGGGCGUAUGGAACUAAUUAUAUUGAGUCGCUGCGUGUACAGAUCCACGCUAACUGUCGAAUAAGGAGGGUGUUCUUCUCAGACAGACUGUACUCCGAGGACGAGCUCCCACCAGAGUUUAAACUCACUCUGCCUGUCCAGAAUCAUAAGGCCAAGCAGCAGUAGAGCAUCUCAACCCGAACCGUUCCCCGUCACCUGAUGUGAAGUUAAGCUGUAAGAUUGUCUGUGUAGAGAAAUGAUGUACGGAAGCAUGUCGCUGCCAACGGCGUUCCAGGAGCGACUUCCGACUUGGUGAAAAGAGACCCGAGGUCCUGUGCCGUGAAUUUCACACACUGCAGCCAAGCAGCGGCCCCCUCUUCUCUGCCGCUGGCAUUCUGUCACUGUGUAAGAUGAUCAAACAAGAAUAUAGACAAUCGCUGAACGAGAGGUCAGCCCCCACCCCCCUCUCUAAAAACUCACCGGACAACAGAGAGCCCUGGGAUUUCACAGGUCAAAGUUCAAUCGGAGUGAAUGUGUCUCACCCCAUCCCACACAGACGUGAAUGGAAAGCAAAUGAGCAAAGCACUACGCGGAUAGUAUCAGAGGUUAAUUACAAUAAAAUGUUUUGAUUACAAGUAAGUUUAAUGUACAACUUUUAGAACCGCUGUUGUUAGCUGCUCGCCCCUCUACUUCCUGAUCCAUCUUGCUUUUGGACCUGACAUGCCGGUUCUCCAAACAGAGCAGAACAAAUCAAAUUGUAAUACAGGAAGAAACGCACCCAUGUGUCAGUUUGUGAAAGUAUUCUCCUACAAUGGAAACUAAACAAAAAGUUUAAAAAGUGUUGCACUUUCACAUUGUCAGCUUCCAAUUACUUGAUCCCUGAUCAUAACUCUAAUGUUUACAUUGUUUAAAAAUGUUGUGGAUUUUUAACCUCAGGCAGUUUACUGCUCACAUUUGAACCAUGACAGGAAAUUCACUGGAAUGGAACUACUUAAAUUUCUAUGUCUGAAUAUAUCAUGGUUGGUACCGUAUUUCCUUCUUUUUUUAACAUUUCUAUCAUGAAUAUUAAUGACAAGAAUAUAUCAACACUAUUUUUAAUACUGUAUUUGUCUUUUCUCCCCUAAUUAAUUUCUUUCUUUCUAAUUUAUCUGUUUAUUUACUUUAAAUGUGUAUCAAUCUGUAUCUAUUAUUUUCAUCCAUCCUCAAACAACCACUGUGCAAACUAAGUCAUUUAUCCGUCCCUCUGUCUCUCUUCACUGCCUUUCUUUGCUACCUCAUCAUUUCUCUACCUACUUUAUUUUCACUCCUGAUCUCUCUGUUUUCCAACCCAUCUUCCCGACUGCCCUACUGUCGCUGCCCUUCACACCUACACACACAAGACAUUUUUGAAUUCUACACAAAAGUCCAUCCUACACUAAAUAUGAUCACACAUAGUCCAUAUUUAAUUUGUCAUUCAUUCAAAUUUGAUGUACCAGUUUUUCUUUUUGUUUGUUUGUCUGCUUGUGUGUUUGCAUCUUAAGUCUCACUGUCAUUGCUAUGGCUCACCCUAUGUGUUUUUCUCAAAAUGUGUAAAUGUGUCUUUUCUCACUUGUGUCUUGCUCUUCUAAAUUAAAUAAAUAAAUAAACAAACAGAUUUCUAUGUGCA